GGCGGGUCCUGAGCCCAGGGGGCGGGAGGGCGGGGCGGUGCUCUAGGCCGAGCGGGAGGUCGGGGCGACGGGCGCUCGCUGGUGGCGGACUUGGAGGCGGCUGCGGCGGCAGCGUCUCCGCAGCCAGGGUCGAAUCCGAUCAAGAGCCAUGAGUGUGGACAAGGCCGAACUAUGCGGGUCUCUGCUCACCUGGUUACAGACGUUCCACGUUCCACACCCCUGUGCCAGCCCACAGGAUCUGAGCAGCGGCCUUGCAGUAGCCUAUGUGCUGAACCAGAUAGACCCAUCUUGGUUCAACGAGGCAUGGCUCCAAGGCAUCUCAGAGGACCCAGGUCACAACUGGAGACUGAAGGUUGGCAAUCUGAAGACGAUUUUACAGAGUCUGGUGGAGUACUCUCAGGAAGUCCUGGGACACCCUGUGUCUGAGCAGCACCUCCCGGACGUGAGCCUCAUUGGGGAGUUCUCAGACCCUGCGGAGCUUGGCAAGCUGCUUCAGCUGGUGCUGGGCUGUGCCAUCAGUUGUGAGAAGAAGCAGGAGCACAUCCAGAGAAUCAUGACGCUCGAAGAGUCGGUUCAGCAAGUGGUGAUGGAAGCCAUCCAGGAGCUCAUGACCAAAGACAUCCCAGACUCUCUGUCCCCAGAGACAUAUGGGAACUUUGACAGUCAGUCCCGCAGGUACUACUUCCUGAGCGAGGAGGCUGAGGAGGGAGAUGAGCUUCAGCAGCGCUGUUUGGACCUGGAGCGGCAGUUGGUACUCCUGUCGGAAGAAAAGCAGAGCCUGGCACAGGAGAAUGCAGUGUUGCGGGAACGAGUGGGCCGGCCUGAGGGUGAGGGGGCCGUGGGCCUCACUGCCAAGAAGCUGCUGCUGCUGCAGUCCCAGCUGGAACAGCUGCAGGAGGAGAACUUCAGGCUGGAGAGCAGCAGGGAGGACGAGCGCCUGCGCUGUUCUGAGCUGGAGCGGGAGGUCACCGAGCUGCAGCAGCGGAACCAGGAGCUGACCAGCCUGGCUCAGGAGGCGCGGGCCCUGAAGGAUGAGAUGGAUGAGCUGCGGCAGUCUUCGGAGCGGGCUGGGCAGCUGGAGGCCACGCUGAGCGGCUACCGGCGUCGCCUGGGCGAGCUGCAGGAUCUGCGGCGGCAGGUGCGGCAGCUGGAGGAGCGCAACGCGGGCCAUGCGGAGCGCACGCGGCAGCUGGAGGAUGAGCUGCGCCGGGCCGGCUCGCUACGGGCCCAGCUCGAGGCGCUGCGGCGGCAGGUGCAGGAACUGCAGGGUCAGCGGCAGGAGGAGGCCAUGAAGGCUGAGAAAUGGCUCUUUGAGUGCCGCAACCUGGAGGAAAAAUAUGAGUCCGUGACAAAGGAGAAGGAGCGGCUGUUGGCAGAACGUGACUCCCUACGCGAGACCAAUGAGGAACUACGCUGUGCCCAGCUGCAGCCACGGGGGCUGACCCAGGCUGUCCCUUCACUAGAUCCCACGUCACCGGCCGUAGAAAACUUAGCAGCAGAGAUCCUGCCUACUGAGCUCAGGGAGACGCUCCUGCGGCUUCAGCUGGAGAACAAGAGGCUGUGCCAGCAGGAGGCAGCCGACCGCGAGCGGCAGGAGGACCUGCAGCGCCACCUGGAGGAGGCCAAUCGUGCACGCCACAGGCUGGAGACGCAGCACCGGCUGAACCAGCAGCAGCUGUCGGAGCUGCGGGCCCAGGUGGAGGACCUGCAGAAGACCCUGCAGGAGCAGGGAGGCAAGAGCGAGGACUCCACCCUGCUGAAGAGGAAGCUGGAGGAACAUCUGCAGAAGCUGCAUGAAGCGGACCUAGAGCUGCAGCGGAAGCGUGAGUACAUCGAGGAACUGGAGCCACCCGCUGACAGCAGCACAGCCCAGCGCAUCGAGGAACUGCAGCACAGCUUGCAGAAGAAGGAUGCAGACUUGCGGGCCAUGGAGGAGCGGUACCGCCGUUAUGUGGACAAGGCGCGCACGGUCAUCCAGACCCUGGAACCCAAGCAGCGGCCCCCUGGGGCAGUGCGCCCAGAACUCCACACCUUGCGAACACAACUCCGGGAGCGGGAUGUCCGCAUCCGGCACCUGGAAAUGGACUUUGAGAAGAGUCGAAGUCAGCGGGAACAGGAAGAAAAACUGCUCAUUAGUGCCUGGUAUAAUAUGGGCAUGGCCCUGCAGCACCGAGCUGGGGAAGAACGGGCACCUGCCCAUGCCCAGUCCUUCCUGGCACAGCAGCGGCUGGCCACCAACACUCGCCGUGGACCCCUGGGACGCCUGGCAUCCCCGAGCCUACGGCCCAACGACAAGCACUGA